GACCGUCGCCGCCGCUGCCGCAGUGCUGCUGCUGUGUCCGACCGCCGCAGUGGAGUUUGCUCCGAACGGACCGUGACCAUCGCGCCUGCGUCCACACACGUACCACAUACGCACACGCGCACCAGUCGUCUCGCGCGCGCACAAGACGUCCGCCGUCACCUCUCCGACCGAGAAGACGACGACGACACACACGUUCGCCACGUACGACCGACGACGCUCGCAUCCGCCAACCGUCGUCCAUGAAGAUACGCGACCGCUGCUACGAAGCCGCCACCCGAGAGGAUCUCUAAGCCUCGCGCAUCACACACAGGUUUGAAAUGUCCUCAGAAAUGUUGCGUGUAGAUAAUCUGCGACAACGGUUAUUCUGCAAUUCCGUGUUGGAUACAAAAAGGGAGAGCCGGUGUCCCGUGUGCAACGCCAUGUUUUCGACUACUUACAGUAUGCGUCUGCACUUACAGACCGUCCACAUGGACUUAAAACCACAAAACCUCACCGCCAAAACGUUUUACCGCGAGUUUAACAACAACAACAGCAUAAAUAACAAUAAUAAUAAUAACAGUAGUAACAACAACAACAACACAGCCUUCACCGCCAAGUCACCGGCUAAAACGACGUCGUUCAACAACAGUCCCGAACGCGCGCACGUCACGCCUGUCAAGUCUUCGUACAACGGUGACUCGACAUGUAGCACAGAUUUUAGCGACGGAUAUCCGUCGGACAAGGACUCGUAUUUUGGUAGCUCGCCCAAGGAUGAGAUCCCUCUGUCAGUUGCAGGUGGUGGUUUCAUGUCACACUCGCCGGCCAACAAGAGAAGUAGCAAUGGCCACAUGAAAGCCAAGCGCACGUACGCGUGCAGGUUGUGCUCGACCGUUUUUGGAAAUCUACGAGCGCUUAAAGGCCACAACUCGUCCAGCCACAACAAAUCCACCAACGGGAUGUACGCGUGCAAUAUAUGUGAGUUUGCCAGCACUGAAAAGGCGUCACUAAACCACCACAUGAAGGGCCAUACGGGCGAGACGCCGUACGUGUGCAAAAAAUGUUCUUACGCGUUCACCACGAAGGCCAACUGCGAACGACACUUACGCACCAUACAUAAGGCGUCCAACGCCGAGGUAAAGGCGUCGAUAUUGUUCAAAAAUGAGGAGAAAUCGACCGGAUCAGUUCAGUCAGCCAACGACGAACCAGCUGCCGACAAGAGCGAAGAACUGUUACACCAUCUGCGCCUGCAACACCACAACCAGACGACAACGGACUAUUCCCAGUACGAAUCGUCAGGCCAAAAGAGCUCGGAGGACGGAGACGAAUACGACGAGCCACUGGACCUUAGCAUGAAACGUUUUAAACAGGACUUCGACAGCGAACCACAGGAUUUGUCAAUCAAUAGUAAAAGGUCGUCGUCGUCGUCGUCUUUUGUAGCCGCCGCCACCGCCGGUGACCACACAGACGAGGAGGACGGCAAUAAAUCGACUGCGAAUAUGGCGUUCCGCGAGCAAUUCGUGCCGCACGCCCCGCCCGGCUUCAUGGACCUACCGUUACCCACUCCUUUGCACGCGUAUUUUCUCAACGAGCAUCGUAUGUUCUUUAACGGUAUGUACCCGUCCGCGGAACGGAUGCUACCCAUACCACUCACCGUCGACAUGAUCCGCGCAAUGCGGCAGAUGAACGAUCCGGUAUCGGCCCCGGCCCAAGAACCGACCAACCCCGUUGUCCCACCGAAACCUGACACACCCGAGCCUGCGACCGUAACACCCGCACCACCUGCUACGCCAUCCGUGGACGUUGCGCAAAAGCCAAAGGACGCCAACGGGUUACGGUUGGUGAUGAAAAACGGCAUUCUAGUGCCCAAACAAAGGCGGUUCAGGACGGACAGGCCACAUGUCUGCGAGACGUGCAAACGGGCAUUCACAUUAAAGUCAAACCGCGAUCGGCACGUCAAAAACCAACAUCCGACUGAUUGGCACAAAAAACCGAGGUCGUUGUCCUCCAAGUCGGAACCGCAGUUCUCGACAGUCAAACAAGAACAACAGGACACUUCGCCGAUUUCGGAUCAAGUGAAAAUGGCUUUGUCACUGAAAUGUCGGCCUACAGAACAGCUGUUACGGACCGAAGACGAAGUGGACGAUGACGAAGAAGAUGACGACAUAGUGGAGGAGGAGGACAAACUCGUCAUUGUGGAAGACGGUGGAGAGCACAAUAAGCCCGCCGAAGUCAAGGAAAAGAGCGCCGAGGUCAAAGAGGAGUCCGCCGAUCUGGUCAGCGUAUCCAGAUUGUUGGACAAUGCUUCGCACCAGACUUUUCCACAGUUCACCAGAUCUGACGAGGACCAUAACGAGGUGACCAGCAGUGAAGAAGAGCACAGCGAGGCUGCUAGCUAUUCAGAAAAUGACGGUUCCAGUAUUAACGCGGUGAACAACAACAUCGACAUAAAUUUCAACACAGACAAGGAUGAGAACCGGGAAAAGCGGAAGAAAGUCAGUGCAUACGCUGCCGCGCCCAACAGAGUGUUGUGCCCGUUCUGUUACCUUUCGUUCCCGUGGACUUCGUCAUUAAAACGGCAUAUCCGUACGCACACGGGCGAAAAGCCGUACCAAUGCAAACACUGUCCGCUGUCGUUCUCGACAAAAUCUAACCGUGACCGGCAUAUCCUGCGUCUGCACUGUACACCACCUAGCAAGUCGGCUGCUUCAUCCGACAACGAAACAACCGCCGCGGCGCCUGCCGACUCUAAGAACGCGUACAAGUGUACUUCGUGCCCAAAUGUUGCGUUUUCCAAGCGCAAGAACUUGAUCAGCCACAUAAAUCGGGUGCACUUCGAUAAGAACAGCAGUGGCGGUGCGGGAGAAGACGACGAACGAGGUGGCGACGGUACUGAAGACGACGGCGGCGAAUCGGAACGUGACUACUCGACCAUGUCCAUGUUCAACGGAUGGUGCGGCAAUAACUCGGCCGCGGCGACCACCACGGCCAGCACCACCACCACAUCCACAGCCGCCACCACCCCGUCCAACUCGGUCACCGGAUCAGAACCGUGUUUCAAGUGUCACCUGUGCGACAGCAGCUACCUGGACAGACAGGGCGCUUUGGACCAUAUCCGGAUCGACCACGCCGAAUGUUACGAAAUAUUGGUGUCUCAGGGGGCCAUGGACAACGACCACGACUCGUCGGCUGUCAAACAAGACGACGUGGAAAACAGAAAGGUCCUGUGCGCUUUCUGUCUGCACCGUUUCUACUCCGCCGAGGACCUGCGCCGGCACAUGCGCACCCACACCAAGGAACAGCCGUUCGCGUGCAUGUCGUGCAAGCGUCGGUUCACGCUCAAGCACAGCAUGGUCCGACACAUAGCUAAAAAACACGGCGGCUGCCAAGACCAACAGUACGGGGGCGGCGGCGCCGGAGGGGGCAGUGACCACGAACGGAGGUCCGCCAGCCCUCCGAACACACCCCCGCCGACAGGGGGCGGCCCGGUCGCCGGUUACGAGGACUGCUGCAGCAACCGGACGGACACGGUGAUCGGCACGCUGCUCGGCAUCCGCGACAGCACCGUCAUCGAUCAGGUGUUGCAGACAAAGUCGCCCGAAGACGCGGCUAAAAUGUUGGGAAUCAAAAGCAGCAGCGACUAGAGAUCGACAGCGCCCGCGCACUAGGCCGUGUAGCCGGGUCCGAUCCGCUUGUACGAUAAUUUUGUCAAUAAUUUUACACACAUAUAUUGUUAUGACUACAAACCAUAUAUACCUUAUGCCUAGACAGACAGAGAGAGAGAGAAAGCGUGUCGUCGGCAGACGACUCAUUUAUAUAAAAUAGUGUUAAGUAUUAUAUUAUAUUAUUAUUAUUAAAAUUAUGUUUAUUAUAAAUUAUAUUAUAAGAAAAUACGCGUUUUGCAGUAUAUCAUUGUACUUAACAAUCGUGUUAUUGGCUGACCGUUGUUGCCUUAUUAAAUUUUAGUCGAUAUCAUUGUAGACUGGCCGUCGAGCGUCUGCAAUAAUAUCAUUAUUAUUAUUAUUAUUAUUAAUAUUAUAAUUAUAUUCUAAGAACGCAAAUUGUACUUAAAACUGUUAACCACUUAAACGGUUACGGUUCCGUUGUGUGUCUUUAGCGUAGUUGUAGUGUUAUAUAGGUAAGUUUUAAUAUUUUAAAAUAUAUAGUUAUAGUAUCGUCGGUGGUGUAGAAGACGAAACGGACAGAGUCGGUAUCGAAAAACAAAAAGAAACUAAUGCAAUUUUUACUUUUCGAUACCGACUCUGUCAUCAAAGUCGUCGUUUUUUAUGUCUAUAACAAAUAUAAUCUUCCCCCUAAGGGAAAACAGCAAUGUCGACUGUAUAAACAAAAAAAUGCCUAAUAUCGAUUGAAUUUUUUUCACCAUUAUAUUUACGUCAACCAUGCACCACCGCGUUAACGGUAGUUUUAUUUUAUUUUUCAUUACUUAAUUUUCUUUCUUUCGUUUUUUAUUUGUUCCUCUUUCGGUACGCGUGCUCACGAACGUCUCGAAUUCUCGUUUUCUCUCUCACCAAAUUUCGAGUAAACGCGCAUUCGACGUUCGCGGAUUUAAAGGAUUUUUUUUCCGAAUACGAUUUUCGUCUCUUACAGGAAUUCCUGCAACGGUCGCAAAUAUUAUUCGGCAAAAAAAUCUUUCGACUUGUGCCGUACUUAUUCUCUCGCCGUAUGCAAUUUCGAUCGUGUCAUACUGAAGUCGGUCGCCCGAUUGACGCGCAACCAAACGUACACGCGCGCGUGCCUUCGGCAUUUUCCAGAGCUUGUUCGACGAAGACUAACGUCUAUAUCCCGGAGAAUAAAAUCUGAAUUAAUAAUAACCUGUACAGACACCCUCCCCUAUAUUAUACAUAAUUUCGGUUUGCUUAGUUUUAAGUGUGUUACUACAAUAUUUUUAUUUUGUAUUUUACGUUUUUUAACUCACCAGGGGGGGGGCGCACGCAGUUUCAUCGAUUUGACAUUUGUAAAUCUGACGUGACUGCACUAAAUUCAUACUUACUCUAACAUUUCUGUAAAACUAAUUCAUAAAAUAUCUUUAUAUAAAAUAAUGACUAUACCAACAGUAAUAUUAUUAUUACUACGUAUAAACGGGGUUGUUAUCCUAUAGCUGACCUUAAUGUAUAAUAUGAUUUAUUGAAUUAUAGACUUCUAGAAAUGUUUAAUUAUGUAUUAGUAAUAGUAGAUUUUAACAUUUACAUAUACGUUUGUAUUUGUACAUGUGUGUGUGUGUGUGUGUGUAUGUUUGUGUGUGUGUGAAUGUAUGCCAUGUACUAUAUUAUAUAUAUUAUAAAGCACUGUUUUAUUAAUUAUUAUUAUUAUUAUUCGUCAAUUUUGGGCUGCACUAUUAUUAUUAAUUAUCAGUUUAAAAAAAAAAAAAAAAAACUUUAAAUAAAGAAGAAAAAAUAUUAAUAAUUUAAAAAAAAUUCUAGUCGAGCGAAGGUGUAUUUUAAUGAAAUUAAUUAAUAUAAUAAUAGUGUAAAAAUGUUAUGUACUGAGCCCUCUACGUUAUUUAGCCAUAAUAAUAUCUAAUAACAGACGUGGUUAGUUAUAAAUUUUUAGUUGUGUAAGGCACAUCCCUUUUCUUCCUCUCUGUACAUUCCUCUUUGUUCCAAAACAAUCAUAAUAUUAUUAUAAAGGUUUAUAAUUUUUUAACCAACAAUUAUUAUUUACCUAUAUAUAGAAACAUUUUUUUUUCUAGACUGUAAACAUUUUUUUUAUCUCAUUUUUAUUUUAUGUAUAUAGCUGCAUAAUAUAUUUAUAAUAUAACGUGUGUAGUAAGUUGGCAUAUUUUAUCUUUUUUUUUUUUUUGUGGUUAUUAUUUUAUGCAAGUGAUACUAGUCGUUAUACAUAUUGGUUAAAGUUUGUCCCAUUAUUAUUAUUAUUAUUAUUAUUAUUAUAUACCAUUAUUACAAUCGCCAACAUUAUUUUAUUUAUAUAGACUAAACGCGAAUGUAUACCUUAAUUAUAAUUUCUGAAAUUGUAUAGUUAUAUAGACAGUGCUGAAGCAAUAUUAAUCAUUAUCUGUAUUUAAAUAAAUUUAUUAUACUAUUUAUCUCGUAGUUCUAUUGUGUGUUUGAACUCCGGUUAUAAUAAUAAUAAGCAAAAAAGCAAUAAUUUAAAAAGAAAUCGUAUAUGAUAUUGUAUUUAUUAUUAAUUUAUAAAAGUUUGUUUUUGAAAAGUAAAAUAAACUUCAGUGUGAGUGAAA